GGGAAUAUGUUGGUCUGGAGCGGUCAAUAAAAAAGCGCGAGCUGUUGACAAGGGUCAAUACCACCGUGCGUCCUUGCUGCUGCUGCGUUCACCGAUUGAUAAGAUAAUCUAUUAGUUCCUCUCUCCCCCUUGGCUAAACAAUCGCUUUCGGUAAGACUUGCUCCUGACCCAUGUAAGUCGGAUACUGGUACUGUAUGUAUACACAGGGUUUACAUACACAGGGUCUACAUACACAGGAUCUAUCAUCUAUCUCCCACUUGGUCCAAGUCCUAGGGUGAAAUAGUUUCAAAGAUUCCAGAUUCUUCAAUUCAUGUGCUAGUUCAUGUGCUAUCGAGAACGUCUCUGCUCUACCGAGUACGGGACUCCAAUUAUCUAUGUAAUUACCUACACCUAGAUAUUCCGCUUCUAGACUCCUGGUUCAAUUCCCACUCUACCGUUUCUCUCCCCCGUAUCACCCGUCAGACGGGAGUCUUCAUCAUGUCCUUGCCAUUCAGACGUCUCGUCCCGAUUGUAGCUUCGGCUGCUACUCUUCUAAGUCUCUCGAGCGCCGCUAUUGUUACCCAUAACUUUAGGAUAGGCUGGGUCACGUCGAACCCCGAUGGGGCGUUUGACAGACCAACCAUCGGAAUUAACGACCAAUGGCCUAUUCCUCCCAUUGUCGCUGAUGUUGGCGAUAAUAUUGUAAUUAACGUCUUAAAUAUGCUCGGAAACCAGUCGACAUCUCUUCAUUUUCAUGGCUUAUUCAUGAAUGGCACAGCUCAUAUGGACGGCCCAUCUCAGGUCUCACAAUGUUCCAUUGCGCCGGGCUCGAGUUUCACUUACAACUUCACAAUUAACCAACCUGGCACAUAUUGGUACCAUUCUCAUACCAAUGGGCAAUAUCCUGACGGGCUAAGAGGCCCUCUCAUUGUUCACGACCCGAAGUCUCCUUUUCUUGACACAUAUUACAAGCAAGAAAACGAGAGGGUUCUGACUGUCUCAGACUGGUAUCAUGAUCAGAUGACAGAUUUACUUCCAGGAUUCAUCAGCAAGGGCAAUCCUACGGGAGCCGAGCCCGUUCCACAGGCCGCCUUAUUCAAUGAUACACAGGACUUGAAGGUUCCGGUCCAGCCCGGAACAACCUAUCUCUUCCGUGUUGUAAACAUAGGGGCCUUCGCAGGACAGUACAUUUGGUUCGAAGGUCAUAACAUGACCAUCAUUGAGGUCGAUGGUGUCUACCAUCAGCCGGCUGAAGCCGACAUGAUCUACCUGUCUGCUGCUCAGCGCUGUAGCUUUUUGGUGACGACCAAAAACGACACGACAGCCAAUUAUGCAUUUGUAGCGAGCAUGGAUACCACUUUGUUCGAUACGCUGCCAGAUGACUUAAAUUACAAUGUCACUGGAUGGCUAGUCUACGAUGAAGCUAAGCCCUUGCCAGAGCCUGCACUGGUCGAUGAAUUGAACAACUUCGACGACAUGACCCUACUCCCAUACGACAACCAGACUCUGCUUGUCAAGCCAGACAAGGAGAUUCAACUCGACGUAAUCAUGGAUAACUUAGGAGACGGUGCGAACUACGCCUUCUUCAAUAAUAUCACAUACAAAGCACCUAAAGUACCUACACUCUACACAGCUCUAUCUGCUGGAGAAUUGGCAACGGAUCCUACCGUCUACGGCUCUUUUACCCAUUCUUUCGUCCUCGAGAAGGGUGAUAUAGUACAGAUCGUUGUCAAUAACCUGGACACAGGGCGCCAUCCUUUCCAUCUCCACGGGCACUACUUCCAAGCUGCCUAUCGGUCUGAGGAAGACGCCGGAACCUUUGAGGAUUCUGGUGUCACAGAAGCCGAUUUCGCUGCCACACCUAUGCGCCGUGAUACUUUUGUGCUAUUCCCCACCGGCUUCAUCGUGCUUAGAUUCCGGGCUGAUAACCCUGGUAUUUGGCUAUUCCAUUGCCAUAUCGAGUGGCACGUUGCAUCUGGCCUCAUCGCAACUUUCGUCGAAGCGCCCCUCGAUUUACAAAAGACGAUCACGAUCCCGAAAGACCACCUAGACGCUUGCCUUGCCGAGAAUAUCCCUACGGCUGGCAAUGCUGCCGGAAAUACAGCAAACUUCCUCGACUUAACAGGGGAGCCUCGAUCUCCUGACCCGCUGCCAGAUGGAUUUACAACGCGCGGCAAGGUAGCUCUAGCAUUUAGUUGUCUCAGCGGUAUUCUCGGUGUCAUAGUAGUCGUUCUAUACGGCCUCGCACCAGACGCAGCUGCCCCUGAAUGGGCCGAACAACGCGUUGCAGAGACGCAGGUCCCCGACUCGGCGGAGCGUUCAUCAGGAGGCGCAGGGGCGGAGCCUGAACUUGUUACUGUUACGGCUGUAUCUGGGGGUGGGAAUACUAAGGCGUGAUAAAGACUCAUGAGCCUAUGGAUAAUUUAUUGAAGAUGUACGUACCUAAUGCGUAGGUGUAGGAUACAAGAGUUAAAAGCCUAGGGGGGAUAUACCAUGUCAUGAAGA